AUGAGGGAUUUGGCACUGCUCCACUUCAAUGACGUCUACAAUAUCCAGGACGGGAAGUUUGCCCGCUUUGUGAAGGAGCUCAGGGAUGAGCAAGAAUCUAUGAAAGCUACCUUUGGCCAGGUCCUCGUUCUGUUCAGUGGCGAUGCUUUUGGUGGGUCUACAUGGUCUACAUUGAAAGCGGGUGGGCAAAUGCCGGAAGCAUUGAACAUGGCUGGAGUCAAUGUCGCAUGCCCAGGCAACCAUGAGUUCGACUUCGGUUUCUCGGAGGGCGGCAGGCUCUUUGAAGCUUGCAGCUUCCCGUGGGUGGUCAGCAACUUGGGGAACCUGGCACGGGACAAGCAGCUGCCAUUGAGGUCACACGUUCUGCAGGACGUGGAAGGCUUGAGGAUAGGUUUCUUCGGGCUCAUGGACCGGAAUGCUGCCCAACUCUUCGAGGGCGGAGAUCAGUACUUCCAGGAUUUCGUCGACACGGGCAAGGACAUGGUGAAGAUUCUGCGAGAGCUUGGUGCGGAGAUCGUCAUCGCCCUCACCCACAUGGAUAUGAUCUCCGAUGAGAGGCUUUCCGAGGAGGUUCAAGGAAUUGACCUCAUCCUUGGAGGCCAUGAUCACAUGAUUUGCCCCAUAGUCGGGUCAAGCAUCCGUGGCCCCGGUGAAGUCUUGAAAAGUGGAUCGGACUUCGAGGGGUUCUCCAAACUAACCUACGUUUCGGGGCGGUGGCGCUCGGAGUUCCACAGAGUUUCGAAGUCUGGAGAGCAAGACCAAGCAGCUGCCAGAUUUGAGAGCGAGGUGUACCAAUCUAUCCGGCCACAAUUGCAAAGGCGUGUUCUGCAGUCUGAUGUGGUUUUAGACUGCAGAGAAGCUACCGUCCGCUCGAGGGAGUCGAAUGUCGGAAACUUCAUCGCAGACAGUAUCCUGCAAUCUUGUCGAAGCAAAGUCCGAUGUGAUGCGGCCUUCAUCAACGGUGGUAUGAUGAGAGGAAACAGGACCUACACAGGAGUCCUGACGCAGGAGGACGUUCUGGGUAUGGUGGCCUACCAAGAUUCACUUUGUGUCCUGGACAUGAGCGGCGAAGAGUUGCUGGAGACCUUGGAUCAUUCAGUUUCGCAACUUCCAGCGAGGAAGGGCUGCUUCCUGCAUGUAAGUGGCUUGCGCUUUGAGUUUGAUCCUUCGCGGGAUCCUGGUGCUCGGGUGGACAAAGGGAGCAUCAGAAUCGGUGAUGAUCUUCGACCUAUGUCUGACGACGAGGUCUAUCGCUGCGUCACGCGCGAGUGGCUGCGCAGUUCCGGUGGUAUGGAUGGCUUCAAGGGCCUCGGGCGUGCCAAGGUGGUGGCAGCAGCAACGCAGACGCUAAUGCAGGAAGGCCUAGUGCUGCCGAGUCUUCUGAUCAAAGAUGAAGUCUAUCGAAUCUCACCAAGCAUAGAUGGUCGUUGUCAAGAGAGGAGGAGGUCGAGACUGUGA